AUAGAUUUUAGCAACCUAUAAAAAAUUAAGAGGAAGCCACUCCCGCUUGUGUUGUUGCCAUCUUACAAGUGCGACACAUAGCAGAUCAGCAGAUGUUUAGCUUCACUAGCUUAACAAUUAGAGUGCGGUAACCUAUUAUACAAUUUAAAGGUAAAAUUAUUAUCUGUGUGCGUAUGUUUUCUUUUUACGGUAGUUCAAUUUUUUAGCAAGUUAUGCGUCUACAAUGUACCUUAAAUUAAAAAUGCUCAUAACUCGCUUAAAAACUGAAUAAUAAUAAAUAUGAAAUCAUCAUUCGAAUACAGAUAAUGUUCUUACCAUCAAAUUUCACAAUAAGUGGAUUCACCCUAGUUUUUAAACCAACGUAGCUAAACGUGAUCUGCUGAGCGUAAAUCUGCUAUGUUACGUUCUUGUAAGACAGAGCCCAAACAUGCGGGUGUAGCGUCCUCUUAAUAGCUUACUCACCAAAAAUGUAUCUAUAUAUUCAGCCUGCAACCAUUCCAGCCAUUAAUUGACCAAUUUGAAAUAAAAGGUACAUCAAAACACUAAGAAGUACCUAAUUCAAUAUGGAACCAUUAAGAACACCUAUUAAACAUCCUGCGAUUAACUCCAAGUAUGAUUAUAUAUUGCACAGUUCCAGAGUGCUGACAAUUCCAUGUGUCAGAUGUGAUGAUCAAGUAUACAAUAAAGUUAUUAAACAGGAAACUAUUGAUGAAAUAGACUAUACUAAUGAUAACCAAUUAUUCCAUAUAGGAACUGUUUUUAAAACUGAAGAAGAAAUAAACACAAUGGAUACCAAAAUAAAAACUGAAAAAGAAAUAAACACAAUUGAUACCAAAAUAAAAAGUGAAAAAGAAAUGAACACAAUGGAUACCAAAAUAAAAACUGAAAAAGAAAUGAACACAAUUGAAACCAAAAUUAAAACUGAAAAAGAUUUUAUAGAACUUAAUGAAUUUGAAGGAACAGUUUUGACCGAUAGUUACUCUUCAGAAAUCAUUACUCAUAUGAACAAGAGAUCUAACUUAGAGAACAAGCAUUUAACCAGUCAAGUGUGUGGUGAAAAAUUUUCUAAUUCGAAUAAAUUUCAAAUCCAUAAGAAAUGUCAUACUAAGAGUGAUCAUUAUAAUAAUUGUAACAUUUGCAAUGUAUCAUUUGAUUCAAACGAACUUUUGACAAGACACAUGAAGAUUCAUUCCAGUGAAAGAGAAAGGCCUUUCAUAUGUGCCAUUUGUAAUAAAACAUAUUAUACCAAGUCACAUUUGAAAUCACACAUACUGCUUCAUACUAAAAAAACUACAUAUAACUUAAAGUACAAGCAUUUAACCUGUAAAGUGUGUGGCAAAGUAUUUUCUAAUUCAAAUAAAUUUCAAAUCCAUACUAAAAGUGAUCAUCAUAAUUGCAACAUCUGCAAUGUAUCAUUUGAUUCUAAAGGACUUUUGACAAGACACAUGAAGAUUCAUUCCAGUGAAAGAGAAAAAACUUUCAUCUGUGCCAUUUGUAAUAAAUCAUAUUAUACUAAAUCACAUUUGAAAUCACACAUACUGGUUCAUACUAAAAAUACCCGAUAUAAAUGCGAUAUAUGUGAUGAAGGAUUUACUCAAAAGGUUUAUUUAGAACUCCAUAACACGAUACAUACUGGAGAACCUCCAUUUAAAUGUGACAUAUGUGACAAAGGAUUUAAUCAUAAUUCAAGUUUAAAAACCCAUAGAAGGCUUCAUACUGGAGAAAAGCCUUAUAAAUGUGAUACCUGUGAUAAAAAAUUUAAUCAAGCAGUACAUUUGAAAUACCAUACGAAAACUCAUACUAAAGAUCCGACUGAAUGUAACAUAUGUGAUAAAAUAUUUUCGCAUGCUAGAUAUCUAAAACGCCAUAUGAAAAGUCAUACUAGAGAUCCGAUCAAAUGUAACAUCUGUGAUAAAAUAUUUUCGCAUGCUAGAUAUUUGAAACGCCAUACGACGAGAACACAUACUAGAGAAAAAUCGUUUAAAUGUGACAUCUGUGAUAAAGUAUAUUAUAAAGCAUACGCUUUAAAAAUCCAUAAAGAGACACAUACUGGAGAAAAGCCAUUUAAGUGUGAUGUCUGUGAUAGACGUUUUUAUCAAUCAAAUUAUUUAAAUAUCCAUGCGAGGAUACAUACAGGAGAGAGACCAUAUAAAUGUGAUAUAUGCGAUAAAUUAUUUAAAUAUUCAUCAAAUUUAAAAACCCACAGAAUGACACAUACGGGAGUAAAGUCUUAUAAAUGCCAUGUCUGCGAUAAAGUGUAUUCUCGAUUUGAAGGUUUAAAAAACCAUAUAAUGACACAUACUGGAGAAAUGCCUUUCAAAUGUGAUAUCUGUGACAAACGGUUUGUUAUUGCAUCAAGAUUAGAUACCCAUAGAAAUAUUCAUACUGAUAAAAAAAUAUUCAAAUGUUACAUCUGCAAAAAAGGGUUCAAUCAAUUAGUAAAUUUAAAAGUUCAUAGACGGACACAUACCUUGGAAAAGUUAUUUAAAUGUGACAUCUGUGAUAGUAUGUUUGCUCAUGCAAAUACUUUAAAAGUUCAUAAAAUGAAACAUACUGGAGAGAAGCCAUUUAAAUGUGACGUCUGUGAUAAAACAUUUUCUCAAACCGGGACUUUAACAAUCCAUAAGAGGACACAUACUGGAGAAAAGUUGUACACAUGCAAUAUUUGUGGUAAAUCGUUUUCUCGAGCAGAACAUUUAAAAAUCCAUACAAGGAUACAUACCGGAGAAAGACCUUAUAAAUGCGAAAUAUGUGAUAGAGGUUUUAAUGGAUCAGGAGAUUUAAAAAAACAUAACAGGACACACACUGGGGAGAAACCAUAUAAAUGCGUCAUCUGUGAUAAAAGAUUUUCUCUAUCAGGAAGUUUCAAAGGCCAUAUGAGGAAACGUCAUGCCGGGGAAGUCGUAUAGAUGUGAAAUCUGUGAUGAAGUGUAUUCUCGGCUAGAUGGUUUAAAAAUCCAUAGAAGGAUAUAUACUGAUUAAAAGUGUUAAAAAUUCAAUCAUUAAUUCAAUUCAUAAGUCAAGCAGGUUCCGGACUCCGGUACAUAAUAUGUUGUGACACUAAGCUGAAUUCUGUGAUUAAAGAGUAAUUUUAUAUUCUUCAUAUUAUUCGUUUUAACAAGCACUUUAUCCGUUUUUGUGUCUGUACAUUUUGAAAUAUACUUAAUGAAAUUAUUACCUUUGAAAUUUUUUUUUUGAAGUGAAACUUCUUAUGUGAGGGGUAUCGAAAAAAAAGAGAGUGACGGACGCACGGACGCUCGGGCGUCACGAAAACGGUACGAUGUUUUGUUUAUAAAGUUUUUGAUAUUUUCCGUUUCAAUAUUUUGUAAUCUCUUUGGAAACAUAUCAUAUGAUAUUAUAAACAAACCAGUAUAAACGUAUAAACAAU